AUGGAUGGGACUAUGCCUUCGGACUUUUCCAUACUUUUUAAUGCCAAAGUGGCCGAUGUAUGUCCAUGUGAAGUAUUUGGAGAAGAGUGUAUUCGACGCCUAAGUGAAUUUGGUGAUGAAGAAUUACGAAUUCUUUCUGUCCGUUGUCUUAACACUGUCUUGACGACGCACUGCCUUUCAGAAUCUGUGAGGCUUUCAACCGGCUUAGAGAUUCCGCUUAGUUCUCUGUUCUCGUUCAUGGAAAAUCUGCCCAUAAUGGAUAUAUUUUUUGAUUCUGAAUUAGUGUCAAAACUCGGUGAAACCUCAUUAUUACCACUGGAGAAAUUUUUCGGUGGCUUCCUUACCCAUCUUCUUAGCGUACCGCGAAGUGAGAAAACGGAAAUCCUUCUUGCUCAACUCUGCUUGCUGUCUUGGUGCGAAUGUUUUGCCCUUCCUUCGCAGCAAUUGCUUGCACAAAUCAUUUCAAACGUUCUUGCAAGCCAAAUUUCCUCUGCUCCUCUCAACUGGCCCUUCAUGUCUGAAAACUUCGUAUAUGUCAGCUCCGAAAUCUGCUCAUGGGAAAUUGUGUUUGUCUCUGUUCUUCGUCUUGUAGAUAAAGCUUUGUGCAGCCUCUCACUGACGGGUAAUCUUCAUGAUUUGAACGACCUGAAUUUAAUAUACGAGUUGUCUUUUGGAAAACUAUCGGAACCUAAUGACGAAGGUCAAAUGAUGAAAACCACCGAUUUCGGACUUUUCCUUAUGGGUGCCUUUUCCUUUAUUCACCAAUCCUGCAAGGUGUGCGGUAAAUUUAGCUUAAAACAUCCACACUUAUCGAAUUUCGUUCCCCAAUUUCGAGACCGAACUUUGCGGCUUCGAAUGAACCUGGCUAACAACUUAUAUCUUGCUCGAGCUUGCCGUCUCCUCCCUCGUCUGCCAGAAUUUGGAAACCAAUUUCCCUCCAUGUGGAACAGACGGCUCACCGUGCGUGACCUCGCGUGCCUGCAACGAUUUCUUGUUCCUCACCUAACCAAUCUCGAAUGGUGUCAUGCUGAUUUGAUGGCAUGGGCUAUUGACCGUGGUAUUUUCGUAAAAGAUUUUGCUUUGGUUUUUCUGAAGAACGCUACUUUUGAUGAUGCUUUGUGCGCUGCGAAAGUUCUUCCUCGACUGCUACGGCAAGUCUCCAAGCUGAUAGAAGACUCUGAUGUAUCUCUGGCACUCGUUCGAAAACUGGGCAACCUACGUAGACGGAACUUACCAAUUAAUCAUCACGAAGAUCUACUGAAGGAGUUGGUGUCACUUCUUACGCCAGAGGUCAAGGCUGACAUCCUGGCUUGUCUGCACGAGAAGCCCGAUGAAUGUUCUACUCCGCUUGCGCCCGAAGACUUGAAAUUCCGGUGUUAUUUGCGCAAAUUUUUCAAUCGCCUUGCCGCUGGACCCGGACUAUCAGACUUAAAACCAAUUUCUACGCUUGAGAAACCGUGGCGCGACCCCAGGGCAGCAAAUACCGUUUCCAAAGAAUUCCUAAUUGACGCCGAUCUGUUGUUGUUAACACGACCGAUUGAUUUUCUGGUGGAACUUAUGCGAUUUCCUAUCAUCCAAAACUCAACUGCUCUGUUUCCUGUUGUCUAUAAAAUCCUCAGCCACGUGAAUUACAGUCUUGGAGUUCAUAUAAACGGAAGCGGGACCUCGGUACUGCGACAGCUGAUGGUUGAACUCCUGGCACUUUUUGAGACAGAGACGUCGGAAGGGGAGGAGACGGAGGGGUUCUGGCGAGGUGAAAGCCACCAGCGGAUUGCGUUGAUGCGAUACCUGCCUAGAAGUGGUGACCUUGACCCCGUCCAAGUGUCACUUUCCGCUCAGAUCGCUCUCUUUGCUACUUCCACCUUUGUCACCACUGGUGAUGACGACAGUAAGGAUGCCACUAUCUCGACCCAUGGGCUGCAAAAACUCUGGGUCCACUCCUUUGUCUGUCUACUCGAUCAGGCAGCAUCGUGGUCACAGUUGAUGGAUUUGGUGGACGAGGAGGUGCUCGCGGUGCGAACGCAUGCAGAAGCGGUGGUGCAAAGCCUGGCGCUCCUCCUCCUGCCCCGCGUCCCUGCCGGCUUGCCCUUGGAGUUCUUCACGGUUCCCUGUGCCAGUCUCCUCGAGCGCCUGCGCACGCCUUUGUUGGUACGCAUCUGUAUCGCUCUUCUGACCGCUCCUAUCUCCUACGCCGAUCCGGAUGCAGACACUGUCUUGUGUCCACUGGCCAAGCGACUGCGUGCUGUCCUUUCCGACCCCGAGGACCGCGAGCGCCGUCUGCUCAGGCAGUGCGCCGACUUCCUCCCCUCCGAUCUGCUUGGCACUGUGGUCAUCACAUUGCCCCGCUGUCUUAUCCGCUCCAAACUGAUCGAUGUGGCUGCACUUAACGAAAGUGCCAAAAAUCGUUUCCAAUUUAUCAUCAAAUCGCCACAAACCGACGAUCCUUUCGAUUGCUUCGCGAAACCGCUAUCGUCGUGUGAUUUGGAGGAAGUCCUCCAAUUGGUGAGCCUUUGUGAUGGGGCGUGGUAUGCGAUUGUGAAUUUCAUCCUGACGUCCUCCCAGGCACCCGAGGUUCGGAGUCUCUGGAACUGCAUUUCAGUGCCCACUCUGCUACUUGCCCUUCACACGUUUCUUCACCGAAUCGCACCGCUGGAUGAGCUGGAUGCGGCUGAUCGCUGGGCUCGUGCCGUCGGCUUCGUGGACCAACUUGCUGCUGGAAAUCUUAUCACCUUCCCCUUCACAUUACGAUCUACUGCACUUUCUUCCCCCUCCGCCUCCCCACCCCAAGACAUAUUCUUAGGAUACUAUCGGGGCUCGCUUGAUCUGUUUGAUUUGACUUUUGCCCUCUUGCGAGUGAUCGAUCGCUCCACUGAUAAGGCUCCUGUACCUCGGCUUCACCUGAGUCGAGUGUGUCAAACCCUCGCGGUCCUGGGUCAGCGCCUGGUCGCACGUCUUAUAGCCCCGCACGACACCGACGCCGGUGCAUACACAGAGGAAGAUAGGGUAGACACCCUCGUCGAGCAAGCGAUCCUUUUGAUCGGCGAGAUCGAAGCCUACGUAAAACAUCGCGAUGCACCACCACAUUCCCCUCUCAACCGCCUUUCCACCUCCCUCGAAAUCGUUGCUAAAUCACUCACCUGCCAAAGGCAGCAGCGUGAAGCAGAACAGGGAAAGGAGUCUUAUUUUUGA